GGAUUGUUUGUCUCGCAGGGUGAACAAUGCAACAAAGCGCAGAGGUUGACUUACCGUUGACAGUUGAUUUAACUUUCCAUUGUAUUCCCUCGUUGUAUUCACAUGCAAAUCCAAUCCGUUUAUUCAUUUGGCAAAAUCGGUACAAUAUACAUGCGGGAAAAAUGUUAGUUGUCUGCUCGCUCUCAUUCUAAUAAAUAAAAUAUCACCGCACUGUGAUUUUUCUGCUCCGGUAUUAACAACAAGGACUUGAACCAUCAACAUAAUUCAACAAUACGGCCCCUAGGUUGAAAGCUCUAUGCGCGCAGUAAUGUAUCUGCAUUUGAUACUGGGUUUGCUGUGCUGUGCUGCAUCAGUACACCAUGGUGAGACGACAUGCAGUGUAGUUCCUCGCAAGGGCAUCUUAGAUGGCAACAUAACUAUUGGAUUCAUUUUCCCAUUCUCUGGGCCUAGCGAUGAUGGACGAGGUUGCAAUGCAACAGUGGUACCAUCGCCAGACAACAUCCAGUUAAUAGAGGCGGCUAUACAGAUUGUGCAGUCUAUCAACUCCCCGGCCACCAUUCGUGGUGUGACGAUUGGUUUUGAGGCCUGGGAUAGCUGUCAUCUUACCAGUGUAGCAGUGGACAGAAGCAUCGCCUAUCUCAAUGAAAAAGUAUCAUACACUGGAGAUGACGGGGCAGCGUGUUCAUCGACCAGUCUUUUAGCAGGUAUCAUUGGUUUGUCUGAAAAUGAACCGGCGGCUGCCGUAGCGUCCGUCCUGAAUGAAGCAAGGACGCCAUUUGUCAGUUAUGGUGCAUCUUCAGCAAGUCUGGAAAUGUACAAUUCCUUCUUGAGAACAGUGCCAUCCGAUGCAAUGGAAGUACAGGUAAUGGUUAAACUACUAAUUGAAUUAAAAUGGACGUAUGUCUAUACAUUCACGUCAGCUGAUCAGUUCAAUAUGGCUGCAACCGAUCAUUUUAAAAUGUUGGCGAAAAAGUACGGAAUUUGUAUCAGCGAUUCCAAAACAAUCUCAACGAACUCUUCGGCUAGUGUCUUCAAUUCAACCAUAUCUAGUUUUACAGAUAGCACUGUUAAGGUUGUGGUACUGUUUUCGUCUGCAGAGGAUACAAUGAAGCUUUUUCAGGCAGCCAAAUAUAGUUCUAAGGAUUUCCAGUGGGUCAUUGGCCAGCAGGUGUUGACUGCCAACAUCCGUUUGCAAGAGGAAACCAACAUAACCCGAGGCUUGAUUGGAGUAGUUCCGAGUACUUUGAGGGCACAAGUUCCAGCAUUUCAACCAGCUUUUACUGUUGGAUCUUCACUGGACCAACAAGCGGAUCCUUGGUUUAGGGACUACAGUAGUGUCAGCCCACAGGCAGACUUCAACCAGAAUGUUUUUGUCGCUCCGUUGCAGAAUGCCUUUAUUCUAUAUUCGGGGGCAUUAAGAAAUGCUCACGUUAAAAAAUGCGGUGGCAAUGCAACAGGACUCUGCGAAGCACUAAGAAGCAUUUCCCAAGAAGAGCUCAUGAGCUACCUUACUAAUACAACAUUUAUCGGAGUUGAUGGAGCUAACGUUUCAUUUAGUAGUAACCGCCAAUUGAUGAACCAAUCCUACGAUAUCGUUAACUUCGGCAUUGGCAGUGAUUCUAAUUAUACACUGAAUAUAACGGUUGGCAAUUUUAGUGAUAAUAAGCUGACAUUGUCAACAGACUCUAUUCAGCUGUGGAUGGAUGGUAAACUAGUUCCUGCAUCUAAUGUCAACUCCACAUGUAACAAUUUGUGCUCAGACCCAGCAUGCGGAGACCUGGCAGAUACAUCAAAGGUGUAUAUACCAGGAAACAUAAUUCUGGGAGGCUUGUUUGGAAUUCAUGAGGGUGCCCCAUACCCAUCAUCCUCUGGCUGUGGCAAUGUAAGUGCGGAUGGCAUCCAGCAGCUAGAAGCUUUACUUUAUGCCCUCGAUCGUUUGAACAAAGACAGCUCAGUUCUGCCAAACAUCACUAUAGGUUUGGAUGCAUUUGAUACAUGCAAUUCUCCUAGUCGAGCCGGCAAUCUUGUCAUCAAAUUAGUUGGCGGUGCCGAAUUUAAUGAGAGUGGUUCGGGUCAGCGAAAAGACCAAUCCGGAAAUGUCGAACAUCUUUACGGAAUCAUUGGACCAGGAUCCAAUGACGAAUGUGUUGAAGUUUUAAAAGUUCUUGGUAUUUAUGAUAUUCCUGAUAUAUCAUACUCUGCUCAGUCAGCGAGUCUUAGCAAUACGUACAACUACCCAACAUUUGCACGAACUGUAUCCGUGGAAACGAUGCCCGUUGCUGCUAUAAUCGAGAUACUUGUUGCAAAAGGAUGGAAAUAUGUUCAGGCGAUCAUCACUCCUAAUUCGUAUGGAUGGAAUUCGUACAGUGUCUUGUCACAACAGGCACCACCUAAAGGAAUAUGUGUGACACAACAACUAAUGCCUGGCAGCGGAGCCCCCAUGGAUGACCUCUUCAAAGGAAUUACCAAAGGCAAUGCUGCUAAUGUCACAAUCCUCUUGACAGAAGAAAGCGAUACCCUUCGGUUCCUUGAAGAGUUAGCGGCUAGGAAUCUAAAUGGGAAAUUCUACAUUAUUGCUUCAACCAAAUGGCCACUUGACGUAAUCCCCGACAAAAUUGAACAAGUAAUCAAUGGUUUAACUGUUGUAAAUAUUCGAGAACGUAACGUGACGGGGUUUAUGAAUUACUUCAGUAAGCUGAAACCUUCAACUAAUGGUCGUAACCCGUGGUUCCAGGAAUAUUGGACAAAUAAAUUUAAUUGCACUCUUCUCAAGGAUAAAAACAAUACAUGCAGAGAUAAUCUUGCUUUGAAAACUGAUGACGUCACCAACCCAUACGUAGGUGAAGUGGUCGACAGUGUGUACGCGAUGGCAGAAGCGUUGGACAGUCUUAGGCGUUCGAAAUGCCCGCUGCAGGAGUCUAUCUGUUACGAGAUGACAGCCGCCACUGGUACAGAGCUGUUUACAAUGCUAAGAAGUGUUAAUUUCAUUAGUAUAAAUGAGGACAGGAAAAGUGUAAACUUUAAUUUUCAAGGAGACGGUAGUAGCGAUUACGAUGUAUUCAACUACCAAGAAAACGGAGGGACAUUUAAGUAUGUUAAGAUUGGUUCUUACUCAAAAAGUAAACUUGAUAUGGACCCUAGUAUGCUAAAGUAUUACAAUGCAUCUGGCGAAGUUGCUCCUAACGACGGUAACGCCUGUGUAGGUACCUGUGACAAUUGCGAAACAGUAACCAAAGAAAAAGUUGCCGAAGUGUCAAAUGGAGAUGUAUGGAUUGGAGGGUUCUUCGAAUUGAACCAACCAGGCAAUGACCGUUUAAAGUGUUUGAACGAGCUUCUACUGUACAACAUGCAACAUCUGGAAGGAUUUCUAUGGGCUGUUGAUCAAAUAAACAUGAAUGCAUCGAUAUUGCCAGACAUCAAAAUAGGUGCCAUAGCAUUCGAUACAUGUGGACUCCCCGAAAAGGCUAGACGAGAAGUAACAAACUUUGUUUCAAAGGCAGUUGAAUAUCGUUCAGGCUUUCCAAGGGACAGUAUACGAGUAAUUGGAAUCAUAGGUGGCGAGACAAGCGACACGUCAGUCGAAAUUGCAGACGUCACCACACCGUUGGACAUUUCCCAGAUUAGCUACGCAGCAACUAGUGAAGCUUUGAACGACAUUGCAAAAUAUCCGUACUUUAUGCGGACUGUUCCAACAGAUUCUGACCAAGCUCUUGCAUUGGUUAGUGUUAUAAAAGACUUCCACUGGUCGUAUAUAUCGGUGGUUUAUUCCAAUGAUGGCUACGGUAUCGAUAUGCUUCGUGAAUUCAGUAAAAUAUCUCAAAAAUCUAGGAUAUGCAUCGCGAUGAAAGUGAAAGCGACAAAUGGUGAUUUCGAUAGUAGUGUCAGAAAACUACUUACGAACACACAGUCACAAGUUGUAGUUCUACUGACAUCUGACAUCGACACAAAACAGCUCCUUGACGCCGCUGAACGUCAAAAUGUCUCAAGUAUCCAGUGGUUAGGAACAGAGACAUGGGGAUCUAGGAACUUCAUCACACAGACAGCUACAAAAACAUCUCAACAUGCAAUAACCCUUAGAUUUCAGGAGACCACCGCACCUGGGUUCAAGGAAUACUUUACAAAGUUGAAUCCUUAUUCUAACUCUCGUAACCCAUGGUUUAGUCAAUACUGGAUGGAUACUCUGAAAUGCAACCUUAAUGUGUGGAAUGUACAACACAAAUACAAUGUUACGUGCCCAUGGACUGCCUCUAUAGAAGAUACAUACGUAGAAGAGCCGGAAGUGACGUACAUUGCAAACGCUGUCAAAGCAUUUGCAAUUGGUCUGAAUAAAACAAUGCAAGACCUGUGCCACGCCACCAAUUAUGUUUGUCCAGAAGUUUAUAACAAUUCAGAACUGCUGAGAAACAACAUACGAGCAGCAAAAUUCACAGGAUUUGGAGGAGAAUCGUUCAGUUUUGAUGCAGAAGGGAAUGGUCCACCAAAGUAUGAUAUCCUGAACUUCGUUAAUGGUGCUUAUAAUGUGGUGGGAACAUGGAGAAACGAUAAACUAAAUUGGAACGAAACAGACUGGAGAACAGCUGUUGAUCAAAUAACCUCUGAAUGCAUCGGACGUUGUACAGAGUGCUUGAGUUCUGAUAAUGGUGACGUUAUGGUGGCUAAUGUACCCGGAGAACUGCAGAUCCCAGCUCUGUUCGCCAUCCACGACCAUGCAGACUACAAGGAAGAUUGUGGAGCUAUCCGGGAGACUGGUAUAGUAAAUUUAGAAGCCUUACUGUUUGCUUUAGAUGAAGUUAAUAACGAUACAUCACUGCUUCCUGGGGUGACGCUCGGAACAAACGCAUUUGAUACUUGUAUGACGAGUUCACGUGCGGUGCGUGAGUUAUCUUCAUUGCUGGGAGGAAGACUGGACGUUGAUAACAACGGUUGGUCAUCGAUUGUUGGAAUAAUUGGAUCGGAGACAGAUGACACAACACACAGCUUAUCCACAGUAUCAGAACAAUACAGAUAUACACAAAUAAGCUACGGUGCUUCAUCAAGUGUUUUUGACGAUAGAGAUGAAUAUUCAUACCUUCUACGGACUUCGCCGUCAUUUUCAGUGUCAAUACAAGCUAUCGUGGAUCUCUUCAAAUACUUCAACUGGGAUGGAGCAUCAGUAAUCUACUCUGAUACAAUAGAAAACAGAACAAAUUUAGAUAUAUUUAACAAAGCUGCUACAGAGAACGACAUAUGUAUCCAACAGCAACUGAUGAUUCCGCGGAGGGCGUCGGAGGACAAUUACAAAAAUAUAACAAGUGCCAUUACAGAAUCAGAUUCACCGAGUGUUGUAGUGUUACUGACCACGCCACUCGAUACUAGUAAUAUACAGUUUCAAGCUAAUAAGACAACAAAUCGACACAUCACAUGGAUUGAGACUGGAACUCUGGGCAGCAAACCACCCAACAAAACCGACAUUAAGUCUGCGGUGGCAGGUAGUUUCUACGUGGCACCUACUAGGCCUGAAGUCAUAGAGAGUUUUACUGAGUACUUCAAUAAUUUGAGCCCUAAUAACAACACUCGUAAUCCAUGGUUUGCAGAAUAUAAGAAUGGAAAAAGUGAAUGCAUUGCUGGUGAUGAAGAUAGAUGUACAGCGACUGGUUCGACAUUGGAAAAACUCAACGAAGAAACCCAAAUUAGAGCAGGACUUGUAAUGGACAGUGUGUAUGCAAUUGCUUAUGGAAUACACUCUUUACUGAACAAAACAUGUGGAAACUCUGGUGUAUGUGCAGAAUUUUUGAACCUUGAACCGCAAGAUCUUUAUAGCAAGAUCUCAACCACGCCAUUCAAGGGAAUUUCUGGUGGACAGGAAAAUUUUACCGAUGGCUAUUUAAUAAGAGAUUUUGACGUCUACAACUAUCAGAACAAUAAUAAUUCAUAUUCUUUUAUGAAUGUUGGAACAUGGUCUCAUAUGAAAGCAUUGGAACUCAAGAGUGUCAAGUUAUAUGGUGCUGAUGGAAAACAGACAGACACCAUUGUGUCAACCUGUAAUGUACGGCCGCCCAGUACAUACCAACCAUACACAUCAAUGGAAUAUUCAAAAUCUCCAAACAGUGCGAAGACUACUUCUGAAAAAUCAGUAACCGGUGAUUUGUAUUAUGUAAUUGUAUUCCUCUGUGUUGUUGGUAUAAUAGUGACAGUAGCAACCAUAAUCUUCUUUUUCAUCAAGAGAAAAACCUCGCUUGUUACAAGAUAUUCGUUUUGCCUGUGUAUGCUCCUUCUGCUUGGAAUAUUAGCCCUGUACAUUCUACCCAUGCUCUUCGGAGUGAAAGCAUCGACUAAAAUAUGUGGUAUCCAACAUUUCGUGAUAGGAUUUGCACACGCAGUAUGCGCAACGAGCACUCUGUUGAUGUCCAUCAGGUUAUAUCGCACUGGUGAACGCGAGAGACGAAUCUCUGGUCAGAAGACAUCCUUCACGAAUGACAGUAGUCAAUUAUUUCUUUUCCUGUGCUUCAUGUUUGUUGAGGUACUGAUAUUAGCUGAGUGGAUUGUCAUUGAACCUCUCGAAGAACUCUACAUCAAGGACUCAGAUCUUUCUUCACAGACGUGGAAAUGCUUUUAUCAUAUGGACGGUCUGGCGGUUUCCUUCAUUUAUAUCAUUAUCUUGAGAAUAUCAACUUUCAGUGUGUCAGUGUGGUCGAGGAUGAAGGUAGAUUUGUCGUACCACCCACAGGUCAUCGGUGUUUUGAUUGCAUCUCUUGGAACAAUUGUGGCAUUCAUUGUGUGGGUCACCGCUGCUGUCCUAACAGACAUGGAUGAAGACAUUCCUAUCUACAUCAGUUUUGGUGCUAUUGUCAUAGCGACAAUAAACUUCUUGGGCAUCUUCCCGCAAAAGAUUCUCCAUAUCUACAGAAAAUACGACCCUAGGUUUGAUGACACCGCCAGCAUACUAUCACGGAGUUCUUCAAUUGUCUCAGAUAGAUACGUUCAACCUCGAAGCACCAGCGCCUCCAACGUUGUUGUAGAGAAUCCAGCAGCUAUUGGUGAAAAGGAUGACGAAAAUACAGAUGUAUAAGAGCCAGCCACUUGUGGUCUGAAUGAUAAUACAAGACCAUAAAAUAUUUCAUCAUCAUAUUCACUUAUAUUAUAGUUAAUGUUUGUUCAUCGCAUAUUUAAAAAAUGUUUUUUUUAUACAUUUUCUAUGGAGUAUUGAUUGCCUCUAAAUCACUUUACAGGAAUAUUUACAAAUAGUAAAUUGUAAUUAUAUUAAAUAUAACAAUGUUUGCACUGUCACGAAGCACUGGUACUGUACUUGCAAAUAUCCAUCAGAGAUAUAUGGUCACAUACAUUAAAUCAAAUAAUCUUGAAAAUUAAUGAAAAACAAUAAUUGCAAUAACAUCCCUGUUAUCUUUGCAAGCUAAUUUUUUUUUUUUUAUACUUAAACAUAUGUAAAUAAUUGAAAACGUAUAUUAUUUUUUAUAUUUGUCUUAUUGAAUGUUCUUAACACGAUCUCUUUUAAAUGAGCAAUUAAAAGUUUUAGUAGAAUUCUAGAGAUAUAAUAUUUUUGGUAGUGGUGUACCUUUCAAACUCUAUUCAUCUUUUUUACUAUAAAUAUUAGACAUAUGUAAAUAAUUGAAAACGUAUAUUAUUUUUUAUAUCUGUCUUAUUGAAUGUUGUUAACACGAUCUCUUUUAAAUGAGCAAUUAAAAGUUUUAGUAGAAUUCUAGAGAUAUAAUAUUUUUGGUAGCGGUGUACCUUUCAAACUCUAUUCAUCUUUUUUACUAUAACUAUUAGACAUAUGUAAAUAAUUGAAAACGUAUAUUAUUUUUUAUAUGUCUUAUUGAAUGUUGUUAACACGAUUUCUUUUAAAUGAGCAAUUAAAAGUUUUAGUAGAAUUCUAGAGAUAUAAUAUUUUUGGUAGCGGUGUACCUUUCAAACUCUAUUCAUCUUUUUUACUAUAAAUAUUAGUAUUUUAUUCUAGAGAUAUUAUUUUUUUUAUAGCCAAUAAUAAUUAUCUGCAAGUGA